GACGGUCUUCUCUGGCAAGUCAACGGAACCUCUCUCUCCCGCUCCUCUUCCCUUUUUAUAUAGUGUAAGUAGUCUCCGCCUCCACUCUCAGGCAUCCCAUUCCCACAGUCUCUGCAAUCUUUUGUCUUCCUCUGCGGUGCUAGUCUAGUUCACCAAGGUGACCAUGGGAACACAAGCUCCUUCACCCCCCGAGGCCUACCACAGCAGCAGCAACAAGACUGAGAAGGAGAAAUCGAUCGAUGACUGGCUCCCCAUCACGUCGUCUAGGAAUGCCAAGUGGUGGUACUCAGCCUUCCACAAUGUCACGGCCAUGGUUGGAGCUGGCGUCCUUAGCUUACCCUACGCCAUGUCUGAACUUGGAUGGGGUCCCGGCAUCGCGGUGCUGAUCCUGUCGUGGAUCAUCACUCUGUACACCCUCUGGCAAAUGGUGGAGAUGCACGAAAUGGUUCCCGGCAAGCGCUUCGAUCGGUACCACGAGCUCGGGCAGCACGCCUUCGGCGACAAGCUCGGCCUCUGGAUCGUAGUGCCCCAGCAGCUGGUCGUCGAGGUCGGGGUCAACAUCGUCUACAUGGUGACCGGCGGCAAGUCCCUCAAGAAGUUCCACGACGUCGUCUGCCCCGACUGCAAAUCCAUCAAGCUCACCUACUUCAUCAUGAUCUUCGCCUCCGUCCACUUGGUCCUCUCUCAGCUCCCCAACUUCAAUUCCAUCUCAGGAGUCUCCCUGGCCGCAGCCGUCAUGUCCCUCAGCUACUCCACCAUUGCCUGGGGAGCCUCGGUGGACAAGGGGAAGCAGGCGAAAGUGGAGUACGGCUACAAAGCUCGGAGCACGGCGGGAACCGUCCUCAACUUCUUCAGCGCGUUGGGGGACGUGGCCUUCGCGUACGCCGGGCACAACGUGGUGCUGGAGAUCCAAGCGACCAUCCCGUCGACCCCCGAGAAGCCGUCCAAGAAGCCCAUGUGGAAGGGCGUCAUCGUCGCGUACAUCGUCGUGGCGCUCUGCUACAUCCCGGUUGCCCUGGUCGGCUACUGGGCCUUCGGCAAUGGCGUCGACGACAACAUCCUCAUCACCCUGGAGAAGCCGCGGUGGCUGAUCGCCGUGGCCAACAUGAUGGUCGUGGUUCACGUCAUCGGGAGCUACCAGAUCUACGCCAUGCCGGUCUUCGACAUGAUAGAAACGGUGCUCGUCAAGAAACUUGAUUUCCCACCGGGUCUAACUCUUCGUCUGAUUGCACGCACGGUUUACGUCGCAUUCACCAUGUUCGUCGCCAUAACAUUCCCCUUCUUCGGAGGACUACUCGGAUUCUUCGGAGGUUUCGCUUUCGCCCCAACCACGUACUUCCUUCCUUGCAUCAUGUGGCUGGCUAUCUACAAGCCCAGAAGGUUCAGCUUAUCUUGGACGACUAACUGGAUCUGCAUCCUACUCGGGGUCAUGUUGAUGAUUUUGUCGUCCAUUGGUGGACUAAGGCAGAUCGUUCUUCAAGCAAAGACCUACCGGUUCUACUCGUAGGAUACGAUCGCGUGGAGGAGCGAGCAUCAGGGCGGACUGCACCAAAAGCUUUCACCUCGGCCCUCACUUUUACCAUCAACCGGAAUGGAACGCUUAUCUAAAGGAACAAGAGGAGGACUACGACAAGACCGCCUUGUGGAUUCGUACCUAUUUUGCAUUAGCAUGCAUGCAUGCAACAUGCUUCCUCUCAACAAGGAGGAGAACUCACGCCGCAUUAUCAUUAUCAUCCUUCUUCCUCUCUUGAUUCCUCAGACUCUCUCUCUCUCUCUCUCUUUAGUAUGUCCACAGCUGAAUUUUCUUCUGUUGGUGGAAUCCAACAAAUCCUACUACAGCGGUGACUCGGAAGUAAGUGGUGAUUCAUCCGAGUCACAGUAAUUGGAUUCGCCACGGAAUUGACGUCGAGGCACACCCAUGGACCCCAAACCUAAACUCGGGUGACCAACUCCAAGUGGUGGACCGGUGGUUGCCCCGUGACAUCCAUUCAAAUCUACAAAAUUUGGAUCAUUGGGGCGAUGUCAAAGAUCAAGAUGCGUAGGGAAU